AUGUUUGAGACAAUAAGACGAACAUUUGCUAGCAGCAAUACUAGUCAACGAAUGAAAAGCAAAUCUGCACAUUCAAUAGUAGGAACAACAACAGCAGCAGAUAGUAAUGAAGAAACAGAUUCAUCAUUAAGUGAUGAUUUUAAAAGUAUUCAAAAUUCUAUUAUUUCUAUUAAUAGACCAUCAUCAAUAGUUCUUAAAAGUUUUGCUCCAAAUCCAUCUCCAUUACCAUCAACACCAAGUGUCCCUGAUGAAGAUGCUCCAUGGCUUCAUGAAAAUAUAACUAGAGAAGCUGUAGAAGAUGCAUUAUCAUGUCGUUCAAUUGGCAGUUUUCUUGUUCGACGACCAACAUCUGUAACAUCAACAAAUACCUAUGUUCUCUCAGUUCGUGUACCAAAAUAUAUGAAACGAUCAUGUGUUGUUCAUUAUUUAAUUGAUCAAGAUAAUACUGGUUAUCGUUUACGAGGAACAAAAAAAGUUUUUUCAACAUUAAAUUCAUUUAUUGUACAUCAUUCAAUUGUUGCAGAAAAUUUACCUGUUGUUCUCAAUUUACGAGCUUAUACAUCAUUACAUACAAUAGAAGAUGAUGAUUUUAAUGGUAAAGUAACACAUAAUGAAUAUGUAAUAUAA